ACGCUAGUCACGUGACCAGCCCACGCGACCCCACCGGUCACUACAGCGGCAUGAACAUGACCACAGAUCGCUUCACGGUUCCAGCAGAGGAGUACUUAGCAGAGACCAGCACUCUGUUCUACCUGACCGAUGCUGUGACCCAGCUGCUGGAGCAUAGAGAGGAAUUCAUCCAGUUCGGCAUCGUGCGAUAUUUUGCAGAAUACUUCACCAGCGUGAAGAAUGGGAACCAUGUUCUCUUCAGAGAAUUCAGCUAUGUUAAAGGUACAGCCCACAACCGAGCUUCCUUCGUCCACAUCUUCUGGAAAUGCUUCAGACAGAUUGGAAAGAACAGAGACUUGCUGACGAUGAUGGAGUACACGUCGCUUCUCCAGCUCUUAUGCCCAGACUUUCCUGCUGAAAUGGUGCAGAACACAGCCAAGAUUGUCCUGAUGGAGGACGCUAUGGACUGCCCCAUGUCUCUCUCUGAUUUCAUCUACUCUUUCCAAAUCCAGUUUUACUAUGAAGAGUUCCUGGAGAGUGUGCUGGUGAUUUAUGAGGAUUUGCUCGAGGGAAAGAACCCAAAUGCCGUUAUCGUCCCGACCUCAACGUCAGCCGAAACGAUAUCCAGUGAGGAGAUGGACACACAGGAGGGAGUGGACUCUUCCGUCCUGCUCGAGUGUCUCGAGGGACUGUGUGAACGCUUUAAACACAAACAUCCCCCUCUCUCUGCCAUGAAGGAGGCUCUGGAGAGCAGCACUCGAGUCUCCUACUACGGCUUCCUGAUGGCUUUGUCCAAACACGAGGGAAUCAGUCUGGAAAUCGGUGCUCUUCCGAACAGAUCUGACCUGCUCAUCGACCCGGAGAUGGACCAGGAGUUGGAGAGGCUUGUAGCUCAGGUGGCCAUCAGUCCCACGUCGAACAGCAGCGGCAGUGCACAAGGGCUGAAGGAACCGUGCAGGAAACCAUCGCCACGUAAAUCCCUGCACCAGCGCAAGAGGAUCGAGAUGGAGAGCGAUGGCUCCACCGAGGAGACCGACUCCUCUGAGAAUUAAGACGUGGACAUGGAACCACUACACAUUCCGGCACUUUCACGUUAUUUAACCCUCCUUGCAGUCAGUUUGGCCUUAUUGAAUGUCUUUAAAUAUA